AUGGAACUCAUGUUUAGUCGAUGGAUUGAUCGAGUAACAAAGAAAUAUCAGUUAAUUCAUGGAAGCUGCAGAGUGUGUACCAGUGAUGCAGGCUCAAAAAGGAAGUUUGUUCCAAAUAUAACAAAUGCUCUCAACAAGUCUCGCCUGAAUGACAAUGUCUCCAAGUUUCCGAGACAGGAUGGUCCGAAACCUCGAACUGAACCAAGGUCAACUAGGUCCUAUCAAAAUAAUACUGAGCGUCCAAUGUAUCAGAAUUCAAAGCCACAGUUUGUACACAGCUACUCAAUUUUCGAGACAGGAAUCGGAUGUGCAGCGAAACUGGAUAAGAAUGCUGUUGAGUUGUGUGAGACUAAAGAAACAGUUUUGCCACAGACUGAAUCCGCAGAAUUUUCUGAGGCAGAAUCUACAUUGAAUCCUUUAAAUCAGUGUGAAGCAUUUAUAACAGAUAUUAAACAGUUAUUUAAAACUCCACCGGUUAUAAUGCACGAUUCUGCUGCUGGUCAAGAAUUCGAUUUAGAUCCCUUUAGAGAUUUGGAUUUGUCUUACGGAUGGAGUUCCAGAUUCCCUUUUAACCUUUUUUCCGAAAGCACUGAUUCAGGAAAACUGUUCACUUUACAAUUGCCAGAUAAAUUGUUGCCUCCAGAAAAUGAGCAGGUUAAAGACGGUUUAUUCGGAAAACUACAACUGUUGGAUAAUCAGGAAGUUCGAUUGGUUAUCGGUGACGCUCGAUUCUAUUUAUCCUGUCCUAGACCGUUAACUUUAGCAUCGGAUGUUGUACUUGUAAAUGAGGAUAAUCCUGAUCACAUUUGUUUAGAAUGUAUAGGUCAUUUAGAACAAACGAUGGCAGCUGUUCCCGAUUUAGAACCUUAUGUAGAGUUGGGCAAAUGA